AUAAAAUUAAAAAAAAACUCAGCAUCUAAGAAAAAAAAACAAAAAAACAAAAUGCACAGGAGCUGAAGUUUUGCCCUUGUAUCAGAUAGAAGUUGGAGUUGCACUGAUCUCAACGCAGGCGGAGUUCGGCGUCGUAGGAAGGAAGACAGCCGGAAGCAGCGGAAAAGCUAUCGAAGGAGUUACCAUAUUGAUAUCUUUCUAGCAUUAUGGGUGAAUUCACAAUUCAGAUUAGCAAUGACCUUGUUAAUAAGCUUGUUGAUGAUCCAGUGAUAAAGAAGAAAACUAGAAGGGUCAAACGUAAGGUGGUAAAAGAAACUGAAAAGCCCCAAUAUAAUGUAGCUGAAAAAACUGAGAUUGCACCUGCUCCAGCAUGGCCAGUGCAGGCCCCUUUGUUUGUACCUGCAACAUUGCCAGCACACCCUUCCCAAUCAGAGUUAGAAAGCAUUCGGUCUGUGCUUCAUGAAAGUGAGAAGGUUUUGGAAAGAUUACAGAAGCAGGAGGAGCAAAUGUUGCAGGAAGUAACCGAAAAGGCUAAAGAUCUCCAUGAGAAAGAGUAUAAGCUUCCAAACCCAAAGCCUGAACGUUGCAUGGCUGAGAGGCUUGCUUCGUUAACAUGUUACAAGGAACAUAUCAAAGACCCCUUGAAGUGUGCUGGUUUUGUUAACAAUUUUGCUGAUUGCUUACGUAGGCUUGGCCCUUUAGGUGGCAAAUAAGAUAUACCGAGAAGUCGUUUAGAGGGAAAUUCAUAUGAAUGAAAUGCAAAUAAACUUGUAAACUACAUAUUGACAGACAUUCUGUUGCUAUCAGUUUUGUGUAACACUUUCUUCUCAACAUUGAACUGUUUUCUAGUUCACUGCAAGAGACAUUGUCUGUUUGGAAUUUGAACAUUUCGUUA